UAGUCGGAGGGAUGACCUGGAAUCUCUUGCUUACACUCUUGUUUUUCUUCUUCGAGGCCGACUUCCAUGGCAAGGGUACCAGGGAGAGAACAAAGGUUUCCUUGUUUGCAAGAAGAAGAUGGCUACAUCCCCGGAAACUCUUUGCUGCUUCUGCCCCCAACCUUUUCGUCAGUUUGUUGAGUAUGUGGUCAAUUUGAAGUUUGACGAGGAGCCUGACUAUGCUAAGUAUAUCUCCCUUUUCGAUGGAAUAGUUGGCCCAAACCCAGACAUUAGGCCAAUAAACACUGAUGGUGCACUGAAGCUUAUACAUCAAGUGGGUCAGAAGAGGGGAAGGCUAACAAUGGAUGAAGAGGACGAACAACCAACAAAGAAGGUCAGAUUAGGAAUGCCAGCAACACAAUGGAUCAGCGUUUACAGUGCUCACAGACCAAUGAAGCAACGUUAUCAUUAUAAUGUUUCUGAUCAAAGGGUCGAAAAGCACAUUGAAAAAGGAAAUGAGGAUGGGUUAUUUAUCAGCAGUGUGGGUUCUUGCUCGGAUCUCUGGGCUUUAAUCAUGGAUGCAGGAACUGGAUGCUCGGCUCAAGUUUACCAGCUAUCACCAAUCUUUCUCCCCAAGGAAUGGAUUAUGGACCAAUGGGAAAAGAAUUUCUAUAUUACAGCAGUAGCAGGAGCAAAUAAUGGGAGCUCAUUCGUGGUUAUGUCGAAGGGGACCUCGUAUUUACAGCAAUCCUACAAAGUCAGCGAUUCUUUUCCCUUCAAGUGGAUAAAUAAAAAGUGGAGGGAAGGAUUUUAUGUGACGUCAAUGGCAACUGCUGGAAGCAAAUGGGGGAUUGUAAUGUCUCGUGGAGCUGCUUUUUCUGAUCAGGUUAUAGAACUAGAUUUUCUAUACCCUAGUGAAGGUAUACAUCGUCGAUGGGAUAACGGAUACCGUAUUACAUCAGUUGCUGCAACUUUGGAUCAGGCUGCCUUUGUUCUUAGUGUUCCAAGAAGGAAGCCUGUCGAUGAGACACAAGAGACUCUUAGAACCUCUUCUUUUCCUAGUAAUCAUGUCAAGGAGAAAUGGGCCAAGAAUCUUUACAUUUCAUCUAUGUGUUAUGGUCGAACUGUUUCAUGA